CUCUAAUUUUCAUCAUAUCAGUUUAAUCUACAUUUUUUAAGGGUUCCAAGCGAUUUUGGAAUCUUUUGUGAGAAGAAUAAUGAAGAGAGAGAAUCUCCUUCAUCGCUCUAAAAAUUCAGUCAAUUCUUGAUACAGCCAUAUGGAACUCCGGCAACCCCCAUGUCGCCGGGCCAAUCAACAUUUUUUCGGGGAUAACUACUGUCAUACAUCAAGGAAUUGCCCCUGCUUCACCGACGGGUCCAGCUACAACAAUUAUCAUAAACCAAGGUAUCCCAGGUCUUUGGAUAGCAGCUACCAGCGAAAUGGAGAAUAUAGACCCAAAGCGGGUAAUUGCUAUUACCAUCUUGAGUCUCGUUACUCGCGUAGUGCCAGAUUUGCUCGUUCAAGCAGGAAUUAGAAACGGGAUUAUCUCAGGCUCCAUGCACAUCACACCCUGCGUCCCUCUUCUACAUACCCAAAGGCAGGCCAAAAUCACAGCAACUACCUGAAUACAAGGCCACUCCUUCUGGAACAUCGACGAGAUGCUCGUCAACUGCAGGAAAGGGCUCACCCUCAUCACUCACCCUUCACACUUAUUACAGGGGACACGGAGGAUGGUUGGCGCACGGUCAACAGGGGACGGCGCCACCCCCAUCUCCUCAAUCAACGCCUCCCAACGCACCGGAACUUAGUCCCGGAUCAAAUCGGGAUUGCUGACACCACUAAUCGGUAUCAUCUCAUAGGAUUUGACGAUUCUGAAACUCCUAUCUCAGCGCAACCCUUCGGAUUCGAUUUUGAAUCAGAAAUCUCGCCCAACCUCAACAGUGAACGUCGCACGAGAGAAACCAAUAACAACCAUGGGAGAAGAUUCAUAACCGAUGGUCGGAGAAUCUCUAGAGACCGUCGACAGUGCGACGAUGGGAAGACAUAUUUCAAUGUUGGGAAGAAAGCAUCAGGUUCUGGUUCCGGCAAUCGAAGACCGGCGAACUCCAAGCCGGUAGUCCCCCCCCCCCCCCACCCACUUUUUGAAAUCUGGACCCACUGCCGACAAACUCUCUCCCAUACCGGGGGCUCCACUCGAUGAGAGACAUGUAGAGGAGACGCACACCUCUGGUAACACACAGGUAUUCACAUGGGCAGACAUAGUUCGUUUCGAUGCAGACAAAAAACACCUCAGUGGCAUUUCAAUCUCAGGCCAAGUUUCACCACUAAGAGAGAAACAAAUUAUUGUCAAAGCUUUGGAUAUUACUAAUACCGAUCCGAUUGAAAUAAUCGAGGAUGCGCAAGAUGCCUCUGAAAAUUUCUCUUUCUUUGGAGAGGAAGGAUUUGACUCGGUCAACAUCGAAUCUAAAAUAUUCAGAUUCGCGGUGAAAAUUAACGAUUUGGUGCUUUUCGAAAUUAACAAAUCCCAGUUGCUCAAAUUGGAAGUAGAUCUUGACCUCGCUCCCCGAAUUAUCUGGUCCAUAUCUCAGUUCAUAAAUUUGGAUCAACCAAGUUUUAAACAGUUUCUUUAGAAACAAACAAAUCAGGGAUACCAAAAUCUGUGCAGGAUGACUCCAUCUUCCAAAUGAGGAGCAGAAUUGAAUCAGAGGAUCCUACAUCCAUCUCCAAACUAAUCUUAAAUUUUCAGAUUCAGGGUGAUCUUCGAAUAGAAUCAGAAUGCAACGAAAAUCAAAUUGUCUUAUCUUCAGAGAAACAACCUAAGUUGCCACAGAUCGAGGCAUACUCAGAUGCCUCUGAUAGUUAUGAUUAUUCUGAUGACUCUUUCUACAGAGAUGACUUUCUAGGACAUGCAACCGAAAGCAAUCGUCGUCCUCCUAUUUCGUACCCCGAAGAAAUCAGGAAAUCCAAAUUCAACAGCGCAAUCUGUUGCAAAGCAAAUUUUGUAACCUCUGAAAAUUGUCUGCCAACAGACAAUCUAAACACGCAACUGAAGAUCUACAAGAAAUCUCAAAAAAACAAAAGGCGACACGGCAUGAGGACUAGGUCCCAAUCUAGAGAUUUCCCGUGGGAGUAGCUUUUAUUUUUGUUUCAUUUCUUUUUAUGUACUUUUUAUUUUACCUUAUUUCUCACAUUGUACGAUUUUCAUUAUUCAAUAAAAAAAAAUGCAAUUUGUGUUGAAAAAAAAAAUCUACAUUUUUUAAUGAAAUUCUUAAUUUUAAGUUUUUA